UUGAACUUCAACUUCAACGUCACUCCAAAAGCUACCUAGGUACCUAAGGUAUUUACACAAACCACAUAUGUCCAUUCCAAAAUUUACUAGUUUUAUUUGGCGGUGUCCUCUUUUUACUGGCGGGAUUAUAUUCCACUUCUAACUCUUAGAAGUAUACUCGUUUUUAGAAGUAAACUCAUUACGCGCGCGUUCCCCCAGCCUUCGAAUUCAUUUUUGAGAAAUCCAGUCGCGAAGGAUAGUACCAGCGCCAGGCAGCAUGAAGGAACUUUUCCUUACCGCAUCCGUCAAGGAUUCGGAUUUCGCAAUGGCUUGUGCGGUCUUGCAAGGCUUAACGUGGAUGAAGGCUCGUCACGCCGUCCAUCGCAUUCUAUUCUUUCAUGGUCAGCCACAACCGAGGCCCCUCAAAGUCACGCGUGCUUUCCAGCAAUCGCGCUUUAUACAGCUCUGGAAAGAUCUGAGCAUCCAGUUAAGCCGGUGUUCAUAUGUUAUUCAGCUGGCCUACGAAGUUUUACCAGAUAGGGACUUCGGGAAAGAAACAAAUACAGAUUUUAAUUCUCUUCCCGGCACUUUGCGGUGGACGGAUCUGCCAGACCCGCUUCGAGACACGCCCGUAACACAAAGAAAGAAAAUUGAGAUCCCGGACCAGGGUAACCUACCUACGGCCCUCACCGACAAUGGCAUCCAAUACAAGAAUGAGAUGAUACAGGAGAGCUACUCCUUUGUCAGGGAGAACGUCGAGUUCGUUUUCAGUAGAUACUAUCGCCUCCCAUUAUCAGAUGAGGAAUUGGGAAACAAGCCGGAAGGACGUCCACGUGCCGCUCUCCCUCCCUGGGCCGACCUUCGACCGGUAGAUCCAGCACAGAAAUGGGUAUUGAACGUGAAAUUGAACGUCAUGGAGGACAGCCAGCCGGAGAAGGUGAAGAAAGCGAAUGGGGAGCUCUUAGCCGUGAAAGCGGAGCUGGAGAAGAUAUUCGAUUUCAAGGCUGUUGAUAGAAGAGUCUUCGACACUCGAAUCGAGCCACCUCCUCCGACCUUUAAAUGAGGAUACAACAGCGAUUGAUGGCCAUAGGGCAGACAUCAACCUCGCUCUAUAAGAACACGAAAACGCCAACGAUGUCUGAAACUCCCAUAUCCUCUGGGGAAAAAAACUCAGGGCAAAAGACACUGGCCGCAGUGCUAAUAGACUUCUACCGUGUAGUAGUACCUCUUCACAGAUAGGUAGUAGCCAAAGGCUGCAGGCGACAAUACGACUCUCAAGCAAAUAUGAGACCUUAAUAGUAAUACAGCUCCUAUUUGAUCUAUUUGCUUGGCGUCUACCCAUGUUAGUACACCUAUAUGUAUUAUCCUACGAUGAACAAACACAGUCGAAUAAAGCUUUGUGGAUAUCUGCUUCGUGGAUUAGAUAUCCGAUCCUAUCUAGGUCAGCUUAUCCUGGGUUUCUUUACAUGGAUAUACAGAAUACCCUAGUAACCUGUGAUAAAGGGCUUAGUUAUUUGCAAUGGAUGACAUGGUCAAGGACAGGACAGACUAGGAGACUUUGACAUAAACCACACUGGACAAAGAAGGCGUGACUUUGUGAACAUCUUCAAGAUGUGACAGCUACUAGGAUUAAAAGUUUUAUAUCGAAACAAUGCCGUUGUCCUGCUUAUAUUCUGAGGGCUGUUACGUCGACAAAAGUGAUACAUUGCAUCAUAUAUCUUGCAAAUGCCUCCCGAUUUACUGUACGAUACUUAACUUAGGC